UAUCCGUCCAUCCUUCAACAAUCAGGUCCGCUCGGAAGGCCCCAUCUAUACAUUCAGUCACGAUCACGUGUGGUUGAUACGCGCUGUUUGCCUUGUUUGUUGAGAUGUGGGCCAAGUUUAGCUCGGCGCUGAAGUCCAAAGCGGCCCCCGCUGAGUCGGCUUCUCUCACCCCGAACCCGACUGCACAUCUUAAUCCCGCUGGAUCUCAUGGCGAGGUCAUGUCAAGCGUCUUCGAGCAGCAUCCCAACCUUUCCGUCUUCCGUUCAGCCGACCGAAGCGAGCCACAUCCGAUUCCGCCCCCUUCUCCGUCAAGAUCCGGGCGUAUGAACAUUUUAAGCGCCAUGAAGAGCACCAGAGAGCACCAGAUCAGACCAAGCACAUGCUUGGUUACUAUAGAACACAUUGUAUGUAGUCAUAUGCCACCGCGUGCAAGGCCGGCCAGCUGCAAGAAAAUAAGCCCGAUGACACAGUUUGGCGGUUCGAACGGGUUCGAACCGCGUUCGACCUUGGCAGCCUCUCCUCGGAUUUGGCCGAACCUGAACCCCGAACUCGAGUUCAGUUCGGUCCGGUUCAGGUUCGAACCGAUUUCCGAACUGAACCUUGAGAGCACUAGUACAAUAAGCCCGCGGAUUUAGCUUUCAGGUGAUCUUACUCUACCCCACGAUGUCCUCUCUCGCUGCUGCUGCAGAGAGGCCAGCAUCCACCUCCAGUGCGUCGGAAACGACGACGAACCUCGCGGGAGAUCUCGAUUUGGAGGCGCGUUUCAAGGACGGUAAAGACAGGGUGGGAGAAAAAUCUGACGCGCAGGAAACACCGGCACCUAUGCCUGAGACGCUGGCUGCAGACGAUCCAGAAAAUCCGCGCAACUGGAGCACUGCUUCCAAAGUGGUUGCCAGCAUUCCUUCACUUAUGAAGCGGUUCGGGAUCUCAGAGGAAGUUGCUCUCCUGGGCGUAAGCCUCACAGUUCUUGGAUUUGCAGCCGGGCCGCUCAUUUUCGGCCCUGCGUCGGAGCUAUAUGGGAGGCAGGCAGUGUACCGAUUCACCGCAGUGUUCUACAGCGCGUUCUUGUUCGGUGCCGCCUUCGCACCGAGCGCAGCGGGUCUCUUGAUCUUUCGGUUUCUAUCUGGAUUCUUCGGCUCGGCGUCCAUCAAUAAUGCACCAGCAUCCAUUGGGGACUGGACAUCUCCAUCGAAUCGCGGGGCGUAUACGGCCCUCUAUGGCCUAAUGGCUUUCGGCGGGCCCUGCCUUGGGCCUCUUGUCGCGAACUUCAUCCAGCGUGAUGCGAAUUACCACUGGAACCUGCGUGUUAUUGCGAUCUUUGGGACUUUCAUAGGCCUGCUAGUCGCACUAGUACCCGAGACCCAUGGUCCCACUUUAUUGAGGUGGAAACUGAGGCGGCAAGGGCAGGAGACACCGGCGCUGACUGUUGCCAAGAUUGUUGCCACCUACAAAGUUGCCUUGGCACGACCUGUGCUCUACCUUGUGACAGGCAAGCGACCCAUCUUCUCUCCCUCUUGCAGGAUCGUGCUCUAUGGAAUUCUGUACGGCUUCUUUGAAACAUUCAGUGUCGUUUAUGUCGAGAUCCGAGGAUUCAAGACCACUUCCUAUGGCUUGACCUAUAUCUCCCUGGGACUGGGUUUCGUCGUGUCGGCCAUUCUUCUUGCCACUGUCGGGCAAUACGACUAUCACAAGGCGGCCAAGAAGGCUGCCGCAAAAGGCCUGCCGAUGGAGCCCGAAGUACGGUUGACGUUGACUUGUUGGGGCGCAGUCGCAUCUCCCAUAUCGUUGUUCAUCUUUGCAUGGACGGCUCCCUAUCCCCGUGUGCACUGGAUUGCCUGUUGCAUCGCAGAGUUCAUCUUCGCCUGGAGCACGUUUCUCAUCUUCAACUGUUUUAUCCCCUAUUUGAUUGACUGCUACCAGAUGACCGCCGCCUCGGCACUUGCCGCGGGAAUGGCCAGUCGCGCGCUCGUUGCCAGCGUCUUCCCGUUGUUCUCCCUCCAGAUGUACCACAACCUCACAGUCCAGGGUGCAACAUCGCUCCUUGGCGGCAUUGCGGUCCUGAUGUGGGCCAAGUUUAGCUCGGCGCUGAAGUCCAAAGCGGCCCCCGCUGAGUCGGCUUCUCUCACCCCGAACCCGACUGCACAUCUUAAUCCCGCUGGAUCUCAUGGCGAGGUCAUGUCAAGCGUCUUCGAGCAGCAUCCCAACCUUUCCGUCUUCCGUUCAGCCGACCGGGGCGAGCCAAAUCCCAGUCCGCCCCCUUCUCCGUCAAGAUCCGGGCGUAUGAACGUUUUUAAGCGCCAUGAAGAGCACCAGAGAGCACCAUCGCCGAUGAAGGGACUGUCUAAGAAAGUUAAGAGCACCUUUGGCAUACAUGGAAACAACUCACAGCUGUCUUUGGGACCCUCUUCCCCGAUUCCUCCACCUGAAUCCUCAUCUACCCGGCGCUCCUCUUUCAAUCUCUUGAAACGCCCGUCCAUUGAAGCACUGCGCUCGCCCACGGGCGAAUCAUUCCGCUCUCUUUCCCGUGCAGACGAAUCGCGUUUCCUCGCAGAGUAUGAACAGCAGCGCCCAACAACACCUGCCACCGCAUUCGAGAACAAGUCAGGUUCCGUGCGCUCUAUUCUUCGCGAGAAGAACACGCCGGGGACAGGCCAGAAUGUCCGCUUCUUCUCUCGCGACGCCUACCGCGUCCUGAGUCCCGAGCAGUCGAUGGAAUCUGACUCAAAUCAAGACUUUCAAUCAAUGGCUCGGCCCACCUCUCCUAUUGCGCCUGCUUCGCAGCGGAGCGCAGUCUCACCGGUGCCCACAGAUGGGGCAUUCAUGGAGCGUCUUAAACGUGCUGGCUCGGAUGAUAGUAACGCGUCGAGCUCCUCGAUGCCUCGUAUUGGAAGUACUUCCAAACUUGUCAAGAAACGGCCCGCCCUGGGUGAACUAUUCUCGCCAACUGCUUCUCCAGAGACCAAUGCGCCAAGGUCACCCGCUGCUCAAGACAGCUCACGCUCCUUGUCGCAGAUGCCUCCAGGCUCGGAGUUUAGCAAUCUCUUUGAUGUCUCUCAAGAAUUAGAGCUGGAUCUUCCUGUCAUCCCGCCGCCAGGGCUUGGAUUUGACUUGGACUCUAUGAUGGGAUCAGCUCCCAAGCCGAUGACGUCGACUCCUUUCCGCGACAAGGGCAAAGGGAAGGAGGAGCUUAGAAUUGAAACCAGCGUCGACGAAAACAUUUUCCACGCGAAGGACAAGGCACCACAGCUCCCCGCCGUUCUCCACGAGCGCACCAACUCGUUUUCUGCUGGACAGACCAUGUUUUACUCAAUAGCCCAUGACGACGAGUCUUCAAAACGGACAUCGACGUCGUCUGAUUUCCCAUCGAGUGCACAAUCCAGUCCCGCGAAGGAUGAGGGCUCUGUCACAAGUCCUGCCGAGUCAUCGUCCCCCGUGGCUGCGGGGCGCCCACGAGCACUCAGCGACACUGUAUUCAUGUCGAUGCUCCGUUCUCCGUCUCCCAAGUCUCUUCCGGAGGCAGAUAUCAACGACGAAUCGUCUGCGGAGUUGGUGGUCUACAACAGCGAACCAGAUCCCUUCAGUGCCAAUGCCAAUACAUAUUACACACCUCAGACCAACAUUCCGCCGACGCCGCCACCGGCCGUUUCCCAUUCCCGGACUGGUUCCAAAGAGAACGACACAAUCAUCUCCCUCAAGACGCAGCUGGCCCUGCAGACCGAACUGUGCGGGCAGUAUGAGACCGACUUGGCUGCACGGGACGAGCUGGUUGAUCUUUUGCGCAAGAAGCUGGACGACGUUGACCGUGAGGAGAAAAAACGGAGCAACGUCCUCAAGUCGUGGAAGAAGAAGGUCGUGGAGCUCGAGCGAGCGUGCCGUUUGCUUGAGGAGGAGGUCGAGGGAUCCCGGCAUGAGAGUAUGGAACGCAGCAUCAUGGACGAGGCAAGCUCUGAGGCACUCAGGAUGCUACACAAGCAAAUCUCGAAACUUGAGCGAGAGUGUGACGAGCAGAAGCGAAUCCAGGCUGUGGUGAGGGAGGAGAAUGGUUUGUUGGAGGUUCGAUUGCGGGAGAAGAGCGAAGAGGCGAACCGCUUGAAGGAGGAUCUGUGGAGCCGCGACGAGAAGGAACGACAACUGGAACGAGACAUGAAUGCGAUGAGCGAGCAGGUAAAUAUGCUCAGCAACGUCAGCAUCGCCAUCGACGAGACCGAACUGCGGAAGAUCGCUGCUGGACCGGGUUUCGUUGUGGAUGGAGACGAGGAGCGCCAGCAUCGCAGCCGGGAACUUCAAUGGGACCAAGAACGCGAGGAACUGGUCGCUGCCGCUGAGACUGCCAAACUGGAAAAGGCGGAUGCAGAGUCGGAACUGGACAACUGCAAGCAGCAACUGGGAGAGCAGGCCGAGCAGAUGGCGAUGCUGAAGAUCGAAUUGGAAGCACAGUGGGAGCACACCGAGAAGGCGGCUGACAAGCUCGAGUUGGUCCAGCAAGAGGCAGAGAGGGAGAAAGAUGAGCUCCAUGCGGAGCUGGUCGAAUUUGAGGACCGGGUGCUCACGCUCGAGGCCGAGCUGACUGAGAGCGAGAGUAAGCAGAUCGAACUCGACAACGAGGUACAGGCCUUGUGGGACGAGAAAGAGGCUCGGGACAAAGAGUUUGAAGAGAUCGCCGAGCAGAUCCACAACAAGGAAGCAGAGAUCGAGGCCCUCCAAAAUACGCUCAAAUCUGGCGAAGACAGGAUCGUGGAGUUGACUCAAGAGCGCCAGUACGCCCUGGACAACGUGACGCGGCUGGAAGAAAACAUCCGUCGUCGCGACGCUGAAGUGACUGAGUAUUCUCAGCGCGUUUUGGAGCACGAGUCCGAGGCCGAGUCGCUCCGGGAGCAGAUGAGUCGUCUGAAACGCGAGCAUGCGACUGCCCUCGAGAGUGCUUUGGCUGAGCGGGCUACGGAGAGCGACGAGCAGGCCCGAGUUGCACGUGACCGCGUCAAUGACUUCAAGGACGAGGUUGAGCGUCUGCGGAGGCAAAUCCACGAGCUGCAGCAGGAGAGUGCGGAUAAGGAAGUGAAGCUUGCGCAAAUGGGGAAGCAGCACAAACAGGACAAGGAGGACCUGCAAGGAAUGAACAUUGCGCUGGACUCGAAGCAGCAAGAAUUGGAACUGAUGAAGCGCAAAAUGGGUGUCCGGGGCACCGCUGGCUCGACACCAGCCCAAAAGACUUCUCAGCAGCGCCGCGAUUCGACGGUGUUCAAUGCGACGCCCAGUGUGGGCUCCCGGCCGCCUUCAGUGUUAUCAGACGCCGGCAGCGAUCGGGGCAGCAGCACUGGCAAACUGCCUGCGCUCACGCGUCUGAGCAACAAACCACCCGUUACCCGAGGAUCGAUGGGUCCGCCCCCCGCUCGGCCCUCUGUUUCGGGGACACCGACACCUGCCUCAUCUCUCUCGCGAUCCAUGUCUGCAAAACCUGCUCUGAGCUCGACUCCGGUUGCGGCUCAGCACCGAAGGGUGGUAUCGGCGACGCUUGACCAGUCAAUGACGCGAAAGCGACAGAGCAUGACACCAGGCGAGAAGGAGAACAGUUGCAAAAAACAAAUCCUGAUUCCUCAUUAUUAUCCCGGAUCCGAGCCUCACUCGGAGUUUUCUCACGUGAUCGUGACGAUCGUGUGCCGAGCCUUCGACACAAACACUACGUUUACUAUGUCACGCAGCGAGCGACGCACCGUAAGGCUUCCCCCGCCACCCUUGGUCGUUGGCUAUGCGAUCUGCGUCCAAUACUUCUACGAUGUCAUCACCCCCUUGCCCGAUUAUCGCAAGAGAUUCGAAGGCCCAGGUCGCCUGGGAUCGAGCCUUGGACCUGACUACUGGCAACAUUGUAUCACCUACGUACGCCAAUGGAAAGGUGUUUCCGGUCCUAUGCGCCUCUUUGAGACACCUGAACCCGAUGUAGACACCAACAAAUUCGAUCACACCUCGCAUAUCUUUAUUCCUGUCCGGACGGUGCUGUACAAGGAUCGACACCGCCAGUGCAAAGAGUCUCCCUUCGAUCAGGCCCACCUCGUAGACAUGGUCAGGAGGAUCGACUCGUUGGGAGGCGUGCUCGAUCCAUCGCGAGUGAAAUGGAGACAGUUCAAGCCACGGUCGCAGGCCAACCCAACGGGGUAUGACUACUCGAUGUAUGCAUCUUGUGGUCUGUUUCCUCCCGUGCGACGUGUUCAGUAUCCACCAUCGACUAUCGAGGAUGUCGAGGUUCUUUAA